UCAAACCAUGAGGGGGACGUGGGAGGAUUUCUGAUGUGGCGCUUGUGAAGCUAAGCAGCUAGGUGGUUAGCAGCCCGUGGAGAGCAGCUCGGAGUGAAACACGCAGUUUCCAGUGACACGGACCCGAGCAGCUUCCUCACCCGACUGUUAACGAAGUGACACAGAGAGAACAUGUCCGCUGCUUCGUGUGUUCGAGUCGUUUUCGUCGCUCUCACGUGAUAAACACGCAUGCUAACGUUAGCCUGUUAGCAGCCGUGCUUGUUUACCGUGUCUCUGCACGGAUCCGCUGUAGCUCCGGCUGCUCUCAGGAGGCUGUCGUGUUUGCAAAGAUGUUCCUGGUGGGGCUGACGGGAGGAAUCUCCUCAGGGAAAAGCACAGUGUCUUUGAUGCUGCGGGAGCUUGGGUGCCCCAUUAUCGAUGCCGACGUUGUGGCCAGGAAAGUCGUGGAGCCCCACACUACUGCCUACUCUCGCAUCGUCUACCACUUCGGGCCAGAGAUCCUGCUUGAGAAUGGGGAGAUUGACAGGCAGAAGCUGGGUCAGCUCAUCUUCGCCAACGAGGAGAAAAGGAAGCUGCUGAACUCCAUCACCCACCCGGAAAUCCACAAGGCGAUGCUCAAAGAGAUCCUCUUCUACUUCCUCAGAGGUUAUCGCUAUGUCGUGCUGGACGUGCCUCUUCUCUUUGAAACCAGACGUCUCACUCAGUUUUUGAACCACACUGUUGUGGUCUACUGUGACCCUGCCACUCAGCUAUCGCGCCUGAUGCAGAGGGACGGCCUGACCCAGGAGCAGGCCGAGCAGCGCAUGGCGGCACAGAUGCCGCUGAAUGAAAAGCGCGGUCUGGCCAAUCACGUUAUCGAGAACUCGGGCAGCCGGGAGGACACCCACCGGCAGGUCCUGCGGCUGCACACAAAGCUGGAGGACUCCAUGGACUUCCUUUUAGUGAGGGUCGUGGCUAUCGCUGCCACCACUGGUCUGAGUGGGAUUCUGCUCUAUGCUGCCAAGAUCCUUUUAUCUUAACAGAGGAAGUUGCAGCUGUAAAGGGGUUCGCUCCCAGAUGUGGUCAAAGAUGAGGAUGUGAACAGAAGCAGGCAGGUCGGAGGUAAUGAUGCAAAUUACUGUGAGAUUAGUUUCACAGUGCCCAUCACUGCAGCUCAGUGGUGUGACGUGCACUGAUUAACACAGACUCACACUGUUGACAUAACAUAUAGUGAGAAAUUGUUGUUUGGUGUGAAAGGUUUCUAUGUGCAAUUUCUGUGGGGUUUUACUGUGAGACACUAAAACAUGAAGGUGAUACUGUACAAGCUCUAAUUUACAACCUGUGCCUAGUUACACGAGAGCUGCUCUCGACAGUGACGGCAGAUCAGAGCUUAAAAAACGGGCUAAAGCUUAAUUGUAAUGUAGUGUUCAACACGUUACUUCUAUUUGUUCAACCAUGACGUAUGAUAGAUUAUAGACAGGAUGAGAUUCUCUUUGGUUGCACCGAGAGACUUUAUAUAGAAGUGGACGCCAUGACAGUACCCCCAAAAGCGAAGCCAAGUCAUCUGGAUCGCCCUCUGGUGGUUGGCUGCAGUAUAGGACCCUGCCUCCUCCAUGCUAGCAGAUGGAACAAAGGUCACAUAGGAGUUCAUGUUUCAGUUAGUUCGGUUUCAAUUAGUUAUUUGAUUCUAUAAAUACCGAGUGAAGCGUCAUGAUCGACAGCUGAGGCUGACUCCCUGUUGGUCGAGAGCGUGUACGAGCAAGACCUUGAUACUGUGGCUGCACCCCGAAAAACGUGGUUAUUUUAACUACAUUUUUGUGGGGUGAGGAAGUGAAGUCCCUCUUUAUAUACGGUCUAAGGUUACGCCUUUUAAAGCUGCUCAAAUACAUUUUGGGUGAUUGCAUAGAUUAAAUAAAAAGUGAUGGAGAGAAGAUGGAAAAAGUAAAAGAUUGUAGUCACUGAAGUUUCUGUAGUUUUUAUUCAUCGUGCACAACUCUCAUUUAGUAUUUUAAUGCAGGAUAAUGUGAUUUAAACUGGAUACUCUGAUAGAAAAUUGGGAAAUGCUGAAUAUGAAGGAUGUGAUGAUUAUAGAAUAUGUGAUGAUUGUAUGAUCAUGACUGUAUAAUGAAUAUUGACAGAGGAUAUUUGACAAUCCAUUUUUAAUGGGAACUGAGUGACUUUCCACAAAAUAUAUUUCUCACGGUAUUUUCUUACACUUGAAGCUGUCCUCUGCAAAUAACCUGUAAUGUUUUUCUUUCAGUGCACACUCACCUUAACAUUUGUAAUGUUAGCUGCUAAAAUGUAAACAUAAAUGAUCCAACACCACUGAUUUAAAGGAACAACUAUCA